GGACGGGGCGGGGCGCCGGGCGGCCGAGCUCCUCGCGGGGCGCCGGCUCCGCGCCGGAUGUGCCUGGCCGAGGAGCGCUUUCGAGGGCGCCUCGACACCCAGGAACUGAUGCCCUUGGCCAUGAGGAACCUCCAACCACUGUUUGCGCAGGUGCAGCCUGUGUGACUGCUCCGGCUGUUUCCCGUCACCGUUCCCUUUACUGAACAGUUGGAUGGGGCGUCGGGCGGAUGACAGCGGGAACGGUCGUGAUCACUGGCGGAAUCCUAGCUACAGUCAUCCUCCUCUGCAUCAUCGCCGUCCUGUGCUACUGUAGGCUCCAGUAUUACUGCUGCAAGAAGAGCACAGCCGAGGAUGCGGACGAGGAGGACGAGGAGGAGGAGGAGGAGCGCGGCCUUGCUGCCCACCCCAGAGGUCCCACCUGCAAUGCCUGCAGCUCCCGAGCCGCGGAUGGCAGAGGCAGCCUGGCGCCCCUCACCAGCGAGCCCUGCAGCCAGCCGUGCGUGGUGGCAGCCGGCCACUGCACCACCUGCUCCCCUUACCACGCCCCCUUUUACAUACGGACAGCUGACAUGGUGCCCAACGGGGGCGGAGGCGAGAGGCUCUCCUUUGCUCCCGCUUGCUACAAGGAGGGGGGACCCCCAUCCCUCAAAUUGGCAGCGCCCCAGAGUUACCCGGUGACCUGGCCAGGCUCUGGGCGUGAGGCCUUCACCAAUCCAAGGGCUAUUAGUACAGACGUGUGACCCUGCCACCCCCAGCCAGCACACACGCCCACGCUGCCGCCCGGGAGGAGCAGAGCGGGCAGCGGGUGGCCCUCCAACAGCCCCACGAAGACUCUCGGUUUCUUUGGUUUUUCUUGCUCCAUAGUGGAGGGCUCGCCAGGAUUCGAGCUUCUGAGUGCUUUGAGGACCAGGGCAGGCCCAGAGGUGGGGCCCAUCUAAUAGGUUGGCUUCGCAGCUCCCCUGUGCCUGCCCCAGCAUUGCCCCAACCCCUUCCAGGAACCCCAAGCCCCGGCUCUUGUGUCUGGGAAAAGGAGUGACAGGGAAAGCUGAAGGAAGGCUCUAGAGACCUCUGGAGCCCUUGGGAGGUGAAGCGGCCAUAUGUAGAAGAAAGGGGGACAGAGAGCAAGGAAAGAAGGGAGGACUGGACACCCCAGAAUUUAAGAAGGCAAGUGCAAAGGCCGCCUCAGGACUGGUCGGCUGGGGUCUUACCUUGGUCGCCAGAGCUAGUACUGUCCCUGGAGUUGCGCCUGGGGAUAUUGAUUACUGAAGGCACCACACCUGCAUCUGCACCUCCACCUCUGGGGGACAUGCUGAGUUGACCUUAAAGGUCAUGGCAUAUGGUUAUGCAGGAACUACACUAAAAGGCAACUGUCGGAGUCUUUCCCGCAAGUUCCUUUUCUGCCUUGGGAACCAGCUGCCCCCUGCUGGAGAAGCUUUUUCAAGUCUCAUUACUACAGCUCUUUAGCUUAGCUCUGCCAUCUCUGGUCUCUCAGGCCCUGGUCCACCUCACUUAGCAGCACCGUGUGUGGCUGCAGUGCUGGUGCGCUCCCUUCCCCACAUGCACACGCACCAGUUGCCACCAGCAGGCACUGGGAGCUUUGCCACAGCCAGUCAGGAGAAGGGUCCAGGGUUACCAAGGAGAAAGAAAAGUCUGACCCUAGGCAGCAAGAACAGAAGGUGAUUUUUUUGUUUGUUUUUUAGCUAUAGAUGGACACAAUACCUUUAUUUUUGUGGUGCUGAGGAUCAAACCCAGUGCCUCACACGUGCUUGGCAAGUGCUCUACCACUGAGCCACAACCCCAGCCCCCAGAAGGUGAUUAAGGUGGCCAGUCCCCAUGGCAACCCGACAGCCCGUACAGAAGAGCCUGGAGUCCAUUGGGUAAUGCUGCAGUGACUGAUGCUGCCCCCAUAAGCUCCUCUAGAGGCCGGGUACUCUACUUGGGCGUCCACCUGCGACACCAGAUCAUUUGAUCCGUAGAGAGCAACAGCUCUCGCUCCUGAGCACUGGAGGGCUCCGGAGGAUCGGAUGUGUCUUAGCAAUUGAAUUUUGUGCUUGCUGCCCUCCUUGGCCAACCCACUGUGGGUCUCCUGGAGGUGGGUCAUUUAUUGCUCUUUCACUCUUGUCCCUAGUCCAAGUCCCACUUCCUGCUUAUAACCCAGCAGUGGCCUUAUGCUUUUUAAAUAAUACAUCUGAUGAAUUUUCCAGUUGCUUCUGCAGUAAAAGGUGGUUGUCCCCAGUUCCAAGGGCAGAGCUAACCCCCUGCCCACUCCUGAGUCACUGAAUGUUGCAGAGGAUGACACAGGGAUGAGGCUGGUCCCUCUUCUGAAAUCCUAGUUUUGCAUCUGCUGCAGUAGGGUGCAGUGCAGGGAGUGGGGGAGGAGUGCCCUCCCGCUGCAGCUUCGUGUUCGGGCACCUCAGGUCUCAACCUGGAAUUAACGCACACUGGGUUGAGAGGCAGAAGACCUGGGCUUUGGCCACAUUUUGGUCAUUCGUUAGCUCUAGGAUCAGUCCCUUCUCUGAGACUCCAUUUUCUCCAGGAAAACGAGAGUGGAGUCUAAGGGCCUCCAGUGCUGCAUGGAGGGAGGACUUCCUAAACCCUCUGCACCCUGGCCAUUCCCUCUUGCCCUCCUUCUGCCUGGAAACUGAUGCACUCCCAGCUAUCUGAUCCCAUGUACAGGGAUGCUUAAUGAGUGGUGAAAGAUAAAAAGAUUAAAAAAAAAACCCACUGGAAGGCAAAGCCAUUUUAAUUGUCAGACAGACAUGUUUGCCUGACCCCCAUGAGUGACUUCAAGUGGGAGCGCUGCUUUUGCACCGGGAAGCGGCUCUAGGUGGGUUAAGGAGAUUUAUCCCAGUGCAGAGGAACAGUGUUGAUGUCUUUCCUGGGCUAAUGCAACCCCUUGACCAGCUGCUGGGCCUGGCCGCCCUCCCUGCUUCCUGAGGACCAGCCCCAGGGCCUUGCGCCCCUGCAAUUCCACAGUUGACCGACCCCAUGGCCACAGCCUUCCUCACCAAAAAUAAUGAUACCAUCACUGCACCUCCUGCCUUGGAAAAAUUGGGAUGACCCAGCUAACCAUCUCCUGCUUCUUGCCCCUGAUCUGUCGGAUUCCCUGAGGGCAAAGCAUCCUGCGCAUCUGUCUCCUCCAAUCGCUUUCCCAGCCUAAAUGUGCUUAGCCCAAGUCGAAAUCUAAGUCCAGGGUGUUUGAAGCAGGCCAUGGCCACCCUGGUGCAGCAUGGUCGCUCGGGGCACAGGCUCAAGCCUGCCUGCCUCACUGCAACUGCCAGGGUCUGUGUUAGUCAGCUUUUCGUCAUUGUGACCUGAACUUGGAGGAGAAAAGUUUAUUUGGGCUCAGUCAGAGGUCUCAGUCUAUGUUCAGUGGGCUCCAUUGCUCUGGGCCCGAGGUGAGGCAGAGCGUCAUGGUGGAAGGGUGUGGCAAGGAAGCAAAGGAGGUGAGAGUAGGGGCCAGGGACAGAUGGAGCCCCAAAGGCCACACCUCAGUGACCUACAUCCUCCAGCCAGGCCCCACCUGCCUAUAGUUUUCACCACUUCCCAAUAAGUCCAUUCAAAUUGUUAAUCUAUCAGAUUGAUUGAUCCUCGAAUGAGUUCUGAGGUCCCCAUGACCCAAUCAUUGCCCCAAAGCCCCACCUCUGGACCUUGCUGCUUUGGGGAGCCUGCUUUCAACACAUGAGCUUUUGGGGGGAUGCUCCAGAUCCAGAUGGUAACAGGCCUGCCCUGUGGAGGAGAAAGCUCAGCCCACUCAGCUGCACUGUCCUUUUAGCUGUGGAGUCUGACCUGCGGGACACUAUUUAUACACUCUUCAAACCGAACCUGGAACAGGAAGAGGAGGAGGCGGGGCCCAGCCGCACCGUCUUUCUCCGCCUCCACGUCACCACUCCUGCUGCAGAUUUCUUGUCUUGCAUCUUUGAUAACUUGGAGUCCCAACCAAGUGA